UCGGUAUUCUGAGUAGAAAAAGCAGCUACCUUACUGCAUCCAUCAGUUUUUUUUCGCAAAACUUAAGUAUCUUGAAAAUAAUAUAUCCGUGGAAUUGCACAAAAUUCGCGACGAGAACGCAUGGAGAACGGAGUGGAACACGGUGUGGACGAGGCGGGCGAGAACCAGGUUGUGAGCAGUUCCGAUGGCGAGGGCGACUGUGAUGGUGACGGUGAAGUGGAGGGGGAGGUGCUGCAGCCGCCGCCGCCGCAAAUAACAAACGAUUGUGUUGGCGAAGCGAUGCAAGAGGGGGAAGGGGAGCGUGCACCCGCAACGUCGGAAGCUGUGGACGCCACUCCAGACUCUGGACCACCGCCCCUGGACGGAGCAGCACCUGUGGCCAUGCUGGAGGACAACCUGUGCGACAAGGAUGUGGACAGUGAUGCUGGCGACGAGGACAAUGACGACGAGACCAAGGAGAACUACGAAGGCUUUAAUGGCACCGGACGCACCGUCACACUGCAAACGCUGAUGGCUGCCAAUGUUCUCCAGCCGGGCCUGGGUUUAAUGACCAUCGAAUAUCUGGGCCAGAAAUUCGUUGGCGAUCUGCUGUCCGAUGGUAAGAUCAAAUCCCAUGAGACUGAGACAAUAUUCCUCACGCCCAGCGCCUGGGCAAUGCACUGCAAGCGGAUCAUCAAUCCGGAGAAAAAGAGCGGCUGCGGCUGGGCCUCUGUCAAGUACAAGGGCAAGAAGCUGGACGCCUACAAGAAUACGUAUCUGCGAAAGUGCGCCUUGCAAAAGGAAACACCGCUUGAUGAUUGUGAUCUGGAUGCCGAACGCAAGACUGACUCCCCGGAGAUUGUCGUCAAGCGAACUGUUUUCGCACAUAAUACCGUUUCGAAUCGCAAUGUAGUUCACGAUGCCAACAUGUUGAUUGAAUCGGUGCCGUUCACUUCGGUGGGGAAACUGCAGCCCUUUCUCAUCACAUUCAACUCCUCUGCUCUCCUGCUGGCAGACUUCCACUGCCACUUGACGGUGCGCGAGGUGUGCGGCUAUUUAGGUGGCACCUGGGACAUGAACACACACACUCUAUCCAUCACCAAAACAUAUCCUUGCCGCAGCACGCGCUUUGAUCGACAGCGAGCCGGCGAAGUGGAGCGCGACAUUCAGAAGAUGAUGAUUCAAGACCAACUGCUGUUGGUUGGGUGGUAUCACUCGCAUCCCAAGUUUCAGGCGGAGCCUACGUUGCGCGACUGCGAUGCACAGUUGGACUAUCAAAUCAAAAUGCGCGGCGCAAGCGAUCUCACCUAUACGCCCUGUGUCUCCCUGAUUAUAUCCCCUUACUACGAUGAGAAUCCCACUCUGGAGUCGGUGGUCAAGUGUAUUUGGAUCGUUCCGCCCAACGAGAACAGACAGUCUAUGGAGUAUGGACGACCAAUGCUGAUGCAGUAUUCGGUGCUGCCGGACAAGGAGAUACCCGAGGAGGUGCGCUCUGAGAUACAGCUGUGCGUGGACUACUAUUCGCAGUACCGGAGCGAGAUGGUCAAGUUCCGGAACAUCUAUAGCAACGACGUUACCUACAACGAGAAGCUGAAAAACACACUUUACCCAAAGUUUCCCUCCAAGCAGAGCGAUAAAGCGCUGUGGAACUGGAUCUGCGCAGUGCUGGAUUGUGAGCAGGAAGACGACUUCAUCCCACCCAAGACCAUCAAGAUCAUCGACAAUGACGAGCUAGAGGUAAAGGAGGAAGACAAACCUGUUGUCCUUAUGGACCUAAGCGGCGAUAUCAAGAUAAAUCCACCUAAAGAGGAGCAGUUCAAUGAAGCUGUUGGUGCUUUGGAGGACAGUGGGCGCAAGGCGGAGGAGGAAUCCAACGCCCAGGCGGAGCAAAAGGCAAGUGAACUUAAGGUGAUGUCGCUUCAGGAGCAGCUGUGCAUGCCGUCCGGUCUGAAUAUGAAUCCCGUGCGAAUGCUAUCGCCUCUGGCCACGCCCAAUCCAACGAGUCUGCCGCCAGUGUUGCCCAAUUUGGGGGCUCCAGUAUUGCCAGCAACGCCCAGCCAACUGCUUCCACCACAAAUUCCCGCAGUUACCGCGCCACCUGUCAUCACACCUGCAGUGACGACUUCGGCCUUGACUUCCGCUUUGAAUGCCUCGCCCAGGGACAGCCCAAUAACUAUCCAAUCGAACUCUGCCAGUCCCGCCAAGUUUGAGGUUCCAGUUAGGGCGUCACCAUCGCCCGCCAAAUCGGAUACCUCGUCCCACGCAUCCACCUCCCGCACCCGCAACUCGCCUGCGCCCAGUCCGGGCAAGUUCAGCGUCAGCGAUAUUGCUCGGAACAGCCCCAGCAUCACGCCGAACAAGUAUGAGGCGGCUGCAGCUGCUUUGGUGCCUCCAGCUGCCGCUUGUCUGCCCACGGCCAAUGAUCUGAUGGCUGCUAGCUUGGCUCAGCUUGCAGGGCAGCUUCCUCCGAACUUCCUUCAAGGGGAUUUGGCUGCUCUGUUCCAGCAGCAGCGCAAGGAUUACGGCAGCUCCUCUCUAAACCAGUUGGCGGCGGCAGCAGCCAAGGUGGGUGGUUCUAAGCAGAGCAAUGCCUCUGCAUCGUCCGGUUUGAAUGACCCCAAUGUCGCAGCCGCUGUGGCUGCCUACUCGAAUAGCUUCAAUAUGCCGCUGCCCACGGGCGUUGGGAUUGGAGGAAGUGGAAAUAGCAACGCUCACAGCAGUAGCAAGUCCAAGUCGGAGCGAUCAUCGAAGUCCUCGUCCUCAUCUUCCUCCUCGAACUCCAGCUCAACUUCCAAUUCGUAUAAAACGAAAUUGAUGAAGGAGCUGGAUGAACUAAAAAACGAUCCGUUAAAAAUGAGCGAACUCAUUCGGUCUCCGGAAUAUGCAGCACUGCUCCUCCAGCAAGCGGAAGCCCUCGGAGCCACCACUCUGGGCACCUUGGGUUUCGGAUCCGACUACAGCUAUCUGACAGGAGCCGGACUGGGAGUGCCUGCUGCUAACGCUCUGACUGGAGGUCAAUCAUCAAACUCGUCAUCUAGCAAGUCCUCGAAAUCUUCGCCAGCAGCAGCGGCGGCAGCUGCUCUCAGUGCCGACUACAACAACCUUAUUCAGGCAUCGAAAUUGCUCGGCUAUGACUCUUACAUGCAGCAAAGCAAGCAGAGCAACGACCUCAACGCGUUCCUGCAGCAGCAAAUGGCAGCAGUGGCAGCUGCCUCGAUUCCACCGCCACCACAAGCUGCCUCCAGUAGUAGUUCCAACAGCAGCUCGUCCAAGAAGCAGCAACAGUUACAGCAGCAGCAUCAGCAGCAGCAGCAGCAGCAACAACAACAGCAGGCGGCUGCACAAGCGGACUACACGGCACUAUUGCAGACCUACACCAAGUUGUUUGAUCCCAACAACCAAUUCGCAGCGGCGAUGUCCUCCAACAAGCACAUGGCAGGUGCCCACAAUGAGCUGUCCGCUCUUCUGUCAUCGGGAGUUGGAGUCGGAGGAGGCGCGAGCGGAGGUGGGUCAAAGCAGAAGCAGAAGGACAUUCAGAGCGAUAUGCUAAAUCAGUUGCUGCAGCUGGAGAAGCAGGAUUCAGAGAUCAAGGCAUUGCUAUAUCGCCAAAAUAAAGCUGCGGCCGACUUGGACGCCCUGUUUGCCACGCCCUCGGGAGGCGUGGUCGGUGCUGGGUCCUCUGCAAAUGCGAUGAAGUCGGGAAGCUCCUCCAGCAACGCUGGUGUUUCCGGAAUGUCUUCACCCUCAUCUCUAUCCAACCAAGCAGCAUACUAUAAUGCCUUGGCGCAGGAAAAAAUGCAGGACUACGCUGCCUUCUUCCAGCAGCAACAUGGCAAAUACGGCAUACCCGAUCCAUUGUCAAAAACCACACUGGCAGCUAAUAAUAUGUUCAUGACACCAUCGGCGUUGUUCAAGAUCCAGCAGGAAUCGCUGUCGGCCAUGAUGAUGAAACCGCCCAAAUCCACGACGCCUUCAUCGGCGCGCACCCGGGAAUCAUCGGCAUCACCAGCUUUGGAGCGACUGACGCCCACGAAGUCUGCUAACAGUGGUGGUAGCGGCGGCGGAGGCAGCAACUCCAACUCUGGUGGCAAGUACAACUUUAGUGCCGUGGACCUGGCCAUAUCAAGUGUGCCCUCGAACACACCAUCGCCGUCGCCCUCCGAUGGAAGCAGCAGUUCCUCGCAUCGACGACCCUCGCCGGACAUAAGCCGCCUCUACGGAGAGUUGGCGCCGCCAGGAGCGCUGCUUGGCAGCGGUGGAGUGCCCAAGAAGCGCAUGGAAUUCGCUUCGGUGGCCGAUCUGGCUGCACCGCCGCCCGCCAAAAUGCCGAAAAACAACAUGGGCGAUGACAUCUUGAAUCUGUCGCACGACUAGAAUGGCUGAAUCGGAAUCCUUGCCAGCGCAAUCGAAGUCGCAGUAUUUUCCCAACAGUAUAUAUUCCCAUACGUAAUGCCGCGUUGCAUCCAUUAGCAAACCAGAGUCGGUCAUUUUAAUCGCCCAAUCAGUAUCUCCCGGGACAAUUAUUUAAACAAAUGUUCGUCUUCUUUUUUUAAGUUUAUGAAUUUCUAAACAUGUAUUUUGUAUACCUUGGAUUAUUUUUCACAACAAGGAUAUGCCGUGCAUAUCUCAAUCGAAACAAUCAUCAACCGCAUAGAUUUUGCCAGUCCUACAAGUGAAUUUCCGCUUUUAUUCACCUCACGAGCGCUGUAUGUCCUUAAACGUUUAAUUUAAUGUACUCUUACUAAUUUAGGUUUAACUACCGCAUAAAAGUACUUUAAGUAUUUUAAUAUACAGACAGCGCACACAUCACUGUGUAUUGUAUUGCCUACCGUAUUAACUAUAACUUUGAAUCUUUGCCGCAAUAAAUUAAACGACUAGUUACUUAGUUUACAAAA